AUAAGAACUAUCCUAGAAGAUGACUGGAAAGCUGCUGAAGUUUUUAUUCAGAAAUUUCCAAACUGCAUUAGAGCCGCAAUAACAAAAGAGGAAGGGACAGCUCUUCACUUUGCUGCAGCUGCAAAACGCACCCGUUUUGUAGAACAACUCGUGAAAUUGAUGACACCGGAAGAAUUAGAAUUGAAAACCAACGGAAACUACACGUCCCUUUAUUAUGCCGCUCAAUCAAAAAUUGUAACAAUUGCAGAAGAGAUGGUGAAAAAGAACAGAAACUUGCCAUUGAUCCCCAAGGAUGACAUCCAAGUUUUACCACUUUACGCGGCAAUAAAGACUGGAAAUAGAGACAUGGUGUCGUAUUUAUACUCUGUGACUUCUAUUAAAGACAUGGAUUCUGCCGAUCUCAUUCAGCUCCUUAACGCUACUAUUUCCACUGAUUUGUAUGAUACGUCACACAAAAUUCUGAAUACUCUGAAGUUAACAACUGAAGAGAAGGAACUUCAUCUUUGGUCUCCAUUGAAAUUGUUGGCCCGAAAGCCUUCGGGAAUUGGCAACAAAAGUCAGCCAUCAGUAUGGGAAAGAUGCUUAAACUCCUGCUUCAGAGGUCGGUUCUGCAACAAAGCUAUGAUGAAAGCAUCAGCCCAUCAAUUAGUUGACCGCCUUUUGAAAGAGCUUCGAGAAGACAAAAAUUUCUCCACUUUGGUUCCCCAAUAUAAGCUACUAGUUGUUGAAGCUGCAAAAGUAGGGAAUGUUGAAUUUCUAAUUAUACUUAUACGCUCUUAUCCCCAUCUCAUAUGGGAAUUUGACGAAGAAUAUGGAACUUUAUUUCACGUUGCGAUUAAACAUCGACAAGAGCGUGUAUUUACUUUAAUAUAUGAGUUAGGUGUUUUGAAGGACAACCUUGCGAGCUUAUAUGCCGAAGGAAAUAAAUCCAUGUUGCACUUAGUUGAAGAAUUGCCUUCUUCAGAUCGAUUAAAUAUCGUAUCAGGAGCAGCCCUUCAAAUGCAACGAGAGUUGUUGUGGUUUCGAGAGAUAGAAAAGAUCGUGCCGAAGUCAUCUGUGAAUGGGCCGAUUGGACCAGAAGAAAAACCACCUAGGGAUAUAUUUGUGAAGACCCAUGAAGAACUACAGAAGAAUGGUGAACAGUGGAUGAGGAACACGGCAAACUCUUGCAUGGUCGUGGCAGCAUUGAUUGCCACUGUGGUUUUUCCAGCUGCCUUCACAGUACCGGGUGGCAACAAUCAAGAAACAGGCAUUCCUAUGUUUUUGGAAACCAUCUGGUUUACGGUAUUCUUCGUAUCAAAUGCAGUAGCAAUGUUAUUCUCUUCGUCCUCAAUAUUAGUUUUCUUGUCAAUUCUCACCUCACGGUAUACGGAAAAUGAUUUCCUCAGAUCAUUACCUCGUAGAUUGGCAUGGGGACUCACUACGCUUGUAAUCUCAAUAGUAGGCAUGCUGAUAGCCUUCAUUGCGGCAUGCUUUUUGGUCUUUAAAAGCAAAAACAGUGUUAUGAUCCGUAUAAUAAUUGUUGCGGUGCCCGUUGUCCCAAUUAGUUUGUUUGUUAUCCUACAUUUUCGCCUUUGGUUUGAUAUAGUCCAAUCAGCAUUCUGUUCUAAAAGGUUCCUUUUCAAGACACAUAAUAGGCUUUUCAUUCCAAGUCAGCAACGCUUGCACACUACGGAGACUAAGAAUGACAACCAAACUGGACAUAAUGACAUAAACCAGGUUCGGUUUACCAGUCCUACAACCAGUCAUCCAAUUCCUCUGGGUGGAAUUCGACCAAAUUAUGAACAAGGCUCUUCAGUGUGA